AUGGCAGGCACCGCUCACCUCCUCCUCCAACUCUUGCUGCUCGGGGCCGCCGUUGUGCCCAACGGCAUCGCUGCCCAGAGGACCCGAGGCAAUCGUCCAAUCGUGAAAGUCAAGAUCAACGCCACCGGAGACACGAUCAUCAUGAAUUCAUCCCUUUGCCUGAAAACGGGAUACCCUAUCAGGCUGAAUGCAGAACCCAAGUACCUAGUGGCCGUGCAGCCCAUCUUAACUAACGACGUGACCAAACACUGCACAGGAAAAGUGAACCUGGAUGAUCCACUUAAUCUGGUGAUCGGCAACUUGAGCCCAACUGCGGUAAUGCUGUCCUGGAAGAGCCAUCUGAAAAGCUCCUAUGACAGGAACAUCCUGGAUGACUGCCUCGAGGACGGUUUCUACACCAUCCGCUACAGGGAGAAAAAUAGGAAGUGGAUCUACCUGACAUGCCCGACAAGCGACACCGUCAUCGACAACCUGACUCCUGACACGCCGUAUGAAUUUGCCGUUCGUUCCAGCAAGGAUGACCGGAGCGGUGCCUGGAGUAAAGCCAUGAUCCACAGUACCAACGUGGCCGCCAAAAAAACACAGAAGUCGCCAAAGCUGCAUCUUCCAUUAGUGAAGCCACUGAACCCUCUCAGGCCUCCCGGUCUCUUUGCGCCACACCCAGCACUGCACAACCGGACACAAGCUCGACUUCCUUCGUUGCUGCACAGGGCUGCCCUGCCAGGCAAGCGGCACUCUUCCUUCGUGAAUAGAAACCGUGAUUUUCCCUCCAUCAAGCCCGCCUUGUGGACACGUCCUCGUACAGGUUCUCUCAACAAGAAAACAAAUCUGCUUGGAAAACCAAACCAAUCAGAGAAGACCAGCGACUGGAAACGCACAGACAAACUGGCAGUCCUCAAACUCAAAGUCCCAGUGACCACAACCAAGCCAACGACGGCAAGGCCAACCAAGCAGCAGCGGAAAUACAUCACCACGACGUCACCCGCAAGCACAUCCACUCAACAAGAAUCAUGGGAAAACUCGGAUUUGUUUCAGUCGCAACCGGCCUCAGACUUUGAUGCCAUGGGCAAAAAGCGUUACGUUGCACCUCACGUCAUCUACCAAACGGGCAAGAAAGCAGACGAGCCGUGUUCGAUUACAUCCUCCUUGAACUUUUUUCCCGAGCAUGAGCGCAGCAACGCCAAUGUGACGGAGGCGCCCAAGUCGCCGCCCUCGAACCUCACCAUUGUAACGGUGGAGGGAUGUCCUUCUUUUAUCAUUCUGGACUGGGAGAAGACUAACAAUGACACUACAGAGUACGAAGUCAUCUCAACCACAAAAGGACCUGACGGUGAAAAAGUUUCCAUUUUGACCACCAACCAGACACAUACAGCGGUGGAAAACCUGAAACCUGAAAGCAGUUAUGAGUUUAAGGUGACGCCAAAGAAUGACUUGGGCGCAGGUCCGUCCAGUGAACCCGUGUCCUUCAACACCGAGUCAGCGGACCCUCGAGUUAGCGAGAACGUUUCAGGGAAAGAUGCCAUCUGGACUCAGUUCCCCUUCAAGGCAGACUCCUAUUCCGACUGUAACGGGAAACAAUACGUCAAGAGAACCUGGUACCGUAAAUUUGUGGGGGUCCAGCUAUGCAACUCGCUCAGGUACAAGAUAUACCUGAGCGACUCACUAAACGGUAAAUUCUACAACAUCGGAGAUCAAAGCGGCUUUGGGGAGGAUCACUGCCAGUUUGUCGAUUCCUUCCUGGACGGAAGAACGGGACGACAAGUCAAUGCAGCCCAGCUGCCACCUAGAUCCGGCUUUCAGCGAGCAGUGAGACAGGAGCCUGUUCAAUUUGGCCCAAUGGGUGGACAUUCCCACGUCAGCUACGUGUCUUGGUACGAGUGUGGAACUCCCAUCCCAGGAAAGUGGUAAACCUCGACUCUGUGCCACGGCGUAACGUGGGAAAGGAACAUUGUUUUCACUUUGCCAUGGAGACGGGUCGAGCUGGCUUCCAGGAGUGGGACUGUCACAAAUAACAAAAACUCAGUUGGACGUUACCUCAUCAGUGUGGAUAUGAGACUUCUAUAUUUGCAAUUUGCACAACACAAAUGUCUUCCUCUGGAUACGCAGAGAAUUUACUGGACUGAAAAUGUUUGUUUGAUGUUUGCUCAAGCAGGAGUCAAACCUAAAAAAACAAAAAUGCAGACAAAAUUGGUCUUUCGAUGUUUGAGCGCAAUACCAAAGCUGCAACUGGGCAAGAUGCACGUGGAUGUUGAAUAAGCUGCAUUUGGUCAUCUCCUCUUUUUGGGUAGUGCUUCGUGGGCGGUGUACAUUAACAUUGUAUAGGGUGAAAAAGCAGAACAACGGUGUUUUGUCUGUUUUUUCAACAUCAAGGAAAAUAAUGUUGUUGUUAUGGUAAUGCUUUUUACUUUGGAAUGUCUGAAAUGUACGUAUUGUAUGUAUUUAGCGCCAGUAACUGACAUGAUCACAGGCAUUUAGU